AUGGAGAGCAUUCAACUGGCACAGAUGCUAGCUGACCUUAGCGACCUAAAUGCAGCUCAGGAAGCUUCGGCCGCUGUGGCUUUGGUCAACGCCAACAAGAACCUCAACCAACCUACCACCACUGCCCCUUCCGACGCCAGCCAACCCUCGGAUUUGGUACGGCCACCGAUCCGCCCGGGUCAGCGCAAUCACCAGCGCACCGGUUCCGCCGGCUCUCUGGGUUCUUCUUCUUUCCUUUCCCGUACCGCCUCGCCGGCCAAGUUUGAUAAAUACGGUCGUCGCAUUCUUACACCGCCCAACACACGAGCCAACUCCUCGUAUGGAUCAAUACCGGGAACCCCUCGUGGAGAGAUAAGCGACGACGAUGUCGACCGAGCCGGCUCACUCAUGGCCUUGUACGAGAUCCGCGCGAAGUUGAAGGACCAAGAUAAUCGAAGCUUGCUCAAGCUUAGGGAGAAGAUCACGUCGUUGCAGCAUGCGAGACAACAACAGGAGAGACUUGAGAAGGGGCCUACUUCGCUAACAGGGUUCGCUGGCGAAACCGCCAACAAGUCAAGAUACAGUUAUCCCAAACAUUCAUGA